AUGUUUGUUGCCGGUUUCAUUCCAAACAAUAGCAAGAAACACACAGAGCGCAUACGACUUUCUUUUGACAUAAAUCAUCAUUAUUUACAGAAACCUUAUAACAUGCCGAGUAGUGAUAUCAUCGACCCGCGGCACAGCUACGCGGAUGAGAAAUUCGAAAAACUUCAGGAAUAUUACAGUUACAUGAAUGGACGUAUGAAAGAGCCACACAACCCGACGGAACGCCGCGAGAUCCUGGAGAAAGGACAAAAGAAGCUAUUCGCUUUCAUAGACACGCACAUCAAGGAUUUGAAACGAUUGCUGUUCGCUACAGACACGGCCCUCAUGUCCAUGGUGCAGCUAAAACUGAAUAAGAAAAUGGACACUUCGGAAGCGAAGAUUAGGUCAACGCAGGCGAAGAUACCUUUUGGACUCUACACUAGUCCAGAAUUCAAAUGUCUGGGUACAUCUUACUACGUGGUGUCGGCACACAACCAAGAAGACGCGCAGAUGAUCCUGGCCAGCGAGCGGAAACCACACUGUUACACCUUCAGAGGUGCCUUCGCUUUCACCGGAUUCUACCACCGGCACUCGGAGGCAACGUACGUGGGACCACACGCAGAACAAUUCCAGGCCAAGGAUCCCAGCCAAGGUCUCUACUGCCACUCGGACGACAACUGGAGCGACGCGCAGUGCGUCUACAAAAUAAACCCCCGCGAGGAGUUCCCAGAGUCGGUGGAAUAUGAGCCAAAGGUGUCCUACUGGUGUGGUCCCUACCGUUACUUCAUACCAGCCACCACCGACGUCAGAUGUAUAUUCUCCAUUUUCUCCAUGAACUUCGUGUUCCGUUUUGGAUACGACGGUGUUACAUAUAAGAGUUCGGAUUUGUCAUUUAUGUACCAAAACGGGCAGGUGUUCUACACAGACGAGCCGUGGGCGGGCAUGUCCUGCUGGAACUGGGCCUGCAAAUGGCGCCACAAUCAGAACCAGCGCGGGAACGAGUUCUUUGUCAACUGA